CCAUAAUUCCAGUUUGUUUUCUUCACGGACUCUACUUGAGCAUGAAAACUAGAAAUGUCUCCAACAAACCGACUGCCAUUAUUUGGUCAUUAGCUGUCUUAGUAGCAGCCGUAGCGCUCAUCACAGCCGAUUUGAAUGCAGCUGAGACCAAUGCAGCUGCUACUCCUCAUGGACAACUUCAAACUCGCAUUUUUGGUGGCCGAACGGCAGCAAAAGGACAAUUUCCAUAUCAGGUGCUGGUGAUAUGUAAUCGAACUAUUUUCGUGCAACUUUGCGGUGGCUCAAUCAUUUCCCCAAACUAUGUUUUAACGGCCGGGCAUUGCGUUGACGACAGCGCUUACGAACCAUGGCUAAUAAGCAUUCGUGCGGGCACAACCGUUUUCAAUCUAGGUGGCGUUGUAAAGUACGCUUCCGCGGUGAUCAUCCAUCCUCAGUAUUUACUCACUGGGCUUGCUAGUGAUAUCGCUCUACUGAAAUUGGAAAGCUCACUACAGUUCAACGAUGUAAUCAAUUUCGUACCACUUCGUAAAAAGGAGAUACCUGAAGGCGGCGCAGUCAUCGUCAGCGGUUGGGGUCGCGUAUCCGAGAGCAGAACAACUUAUCUAUUGAAAUUCAAGAUUGAGUUCGCUAUAAGCUAUGACAAAUGUAUUCGAAGAGUGGGUCCAUUGCCAGACUCAAUGAGAUGUUUGAACAAGACUGUGGGCAGUGGCUUGUGUUUGGGCGAUUCUGGUGGUCCGGCCGUGUACAAUGGCCAAUUAGUCGGUGUAGCUUCAUAUGUGGUAAAUGGUUGUGGUAGCGAAUUUCCGGACGUAUACACGGAUGUGGUUGCAAAAAGGGGUUGGAUACUGAAAAAUAUGGAAGAGUAGUUAAAUUUGUUCACUUUAAGUCUGUUAAACAUUCAUGUAAGUGCAUGUAGAAGUAAAUAAAUAUUUGAA